CUUCCUGCACGGUCAUCUACACAUAUCCAUCGAUGCAAUAACACAAUGGCGGCUUCAGAGACCCAAGGUGUAUCUUAUGAAGCUGAACACGUCCAUUCGGUCUACGAAGAAAUUGCGUCGCACUUUUCGUCCACUCGCUACAAGCCAUGGCCUAUCGUCGAACGUUUUCUGAAGGAACAGUGUGAUGGCGCUAUAGGUGCCGAUGUGGGAUGUGGAAACGGAAAAUACUUGGCUGUUAAUAAGAAAGUGUGGAUCGUGGGUAGUGACCGAUCAACAAACCUUGUCAAGAUUGCCAAACAACAUGAGCCGCACGAUGUGGUCGUAGCAGACAACCUCUCGCUACCUCAUCCAAAUGGUGUAUUUGAUUUUGCUAUUUCGAUAGCGGUCGUGCAUCAUUUAUCUACGCCAGCAAGGAGGGUGGAGGCCGUGAAAUGUGUUUUGGACCUACUGCGGCCAUCAUCAUCAUCAUCAUCAUCUCAUGGGAACGGUGAUGGUAAGGUGGAAGGUGGUAGAGCACUGAUCUACGUUUGGGCACUCGAGCAAAAAGAUAGUCGAAGAGGAUGGGACGAGGGUCACGAGCAGGAUGUCAUGGUGCCGUGGGUCUUGAAGCAGAAAAAGGACAAGGAGAAAGGACGGAAGAAGAAGGAUGAGAGUCAAGCUCACGAAGAAGAGGCGCCGAAGCCAGAUGGUGACAAGACAUUCUUGAGAUAUUAUCACCUGUAUCGGAAAGGGGAGCUUGAGGGUGAUAUUGAGCAGGCUGGCGGAGUGGUGUUGGAAUCGGGCUACGAGAAGGAUAACUGGUGGGCUAUUGCGAGAUUACGAUAACCACCUCUAUGAUAUCUGAAUUGCUGUGCUGUACGUCGUGUGCGACUGUACGGUGUAACUCUGCGCGUCCCCUUUUCUGCGUUCCGAAGACACCAAGCACGCAGAUGUCCUUACUACUUACUCAAGUCAACAGGCAGAGCAUGGCUGCUCUCGGUCAGCGGAAACAGCUGAUGAUAGAAGCCUAGAGCGCCAGCUACGAGUACGAGGUAAUAGGC